UCUCUUUUCUGCUCCACACACUGCUUUUUCUUUCUCCCAACCUCUUCCAGUCUUCCUCUUCGAAAACAAGGAUGGAUUCUCGCCGAUCGUCCAUAGCUGUGGCGAUCCUCUUGUUUCUGCAGCUUCUGGUUCUGUCGUCGGCCAUGGACAUGUCGAUCAUUAGCUAUGGCCAGAGCGCCGGCGUAGGGAGGACCGACGAGGAGGUGAUGGCCAUGUACGAGGCCUGGCUUGUCAAGCACGGCAAGGUGUACAACGCCCUCGGGGAGAAGGACCGCCGAUUCGAGAUCUUCAAGGACAAUCUCCGCUUCAUCGACGAGCACAACGCCGAGAACCGGACGUACAGGGUCGGACUGAACCGGUUCGCCGACCUGACCAACGAGGAGUACCGCGCCAUGUACCUUGGCACCAGGACCCGAGGGACCAGGCAGCGGCUUUCCAAGAAGAGCGAUCGGUAUGCUCCGGUGGCUGGCGAGGCCUUGCCGGACUGCGUCGAUUGGAGGGAGAAAGGUGCCGUCGUCGGAGUCAAAGACCAGGGUAGCUGUGGGAGUUGCUGGGCUUUCUCAACAAUUUCCGCCGUUGAAGGGAUCAACCAGAUUGUCACCGGCGAAUUGGUCUCUCUGUCGGAGCAAGAACUGGUGGAUUGCGACACAUCGUACAAUGAGGGUUGCAAUGGCGGUCUCAUGGACUACGGCUUCGAGUUCAUCAUUAACAACGGCGGUAUUGACACCGAGGAAGAUUACCCCUAUAAGGCUAGAGAUGGCCGAUGCGACACACUGAGGAAAAAUGCGAAGGUUGUCAGUAUUGAUUCUUAUGAGGAUGUUCCUACAUAUGAUGAGAAUGCCUUGAAGAAGGCUGUUGCGAAUCAGCCAGUGAGUAUCGCCAUUGAAGGAGGUGGCAUGGCCUUCCAGUUCUAUGAAUCGGGUGUAUUCACAGGGAAAUGUGGAACUUCAUUGGACCAUGGUGUAGUUGCAGUUGGAUAUGGCUCAGAGGACGGAGUGGACUACUGGAUUGUUAGAAACUCAUGGGGCGAGAGCUGGGGUGAGGCCGGCUACAUCAGAAUGGAGCGCAAUAUCGCUAGCAGCACAGGCAAAUGUGGAAUUGCUAUUGAGCCCUCUUACCCCAUCAAGAAGGGCCAAAAUCCUCCCAACCCUGGCCCCACUCCUCCAUCUCCGGUGGCGCCGCCCACCGUCUGUGACAAUUCCUAUUCUUGCCCUGAGAGCAGCACCUGUUGCUGUGUAUAUGAAUUCGCUAACUACUGCUUCUCUUGGGGAUGCUGCCCUCUUGAGGGCGCCACCUGCUGCGAUGACCACUACAGCUGCUGCCCCCACGAUUAUCCCAUCUGCAACGUAUACGCUGGGACCUGCUUAAUGAGCAAGGACAAUCCGCUGGGAGUGAAGGCGACGAAGCGCAUCCAGGCCAAGCCUCACUGGGCCUUUAAUGGUGGAAAGAGCAGUGCUUAGGAAAAGCUUUUGAGGAAGACAUCAUGGUUUGAGGACUCAGGAUUGCUUGCUGUUUACUGGGGAACCACAAUGUCACCGGAUGGAUGGUGGAACAGUGAUUUAUUACAGAAGCUUGUGUUGUGUAUAUAGUGCUUUGUAUUUCUGUUGCUUCUGAACAAGAAACCCAUUAUUAUCAGUUUCCAGUUUCUUA